CUUCUGUGUCCUAUGCUCCCCAGCCACUCUCUCCCUGCAGAGGGAAGCGGGGAUCCCAGUAAGGCGGCGGGGAUCUGGGGGUCCGCCUUGCCGAGGCCCAGCAGGAGAGAAGCCGGGCGAACCAGACUCCCCGAGGGCCCGAUCUUGUCUCCGGAGGGGGAGAGAAGCGGGGCGGCCUCUCCAGCUGCCUCCUUCCCGGCCCUGCGCUGGGAUGAGCCGCUUGGUGCUCCGGGCAAGUUGGGUGAAGUUUGUUCAUUGGCUGAAUUCCACUUUCUAAUUCUUGGAGUUUGUUUUUUUUUUUUCUUUCCAUCUCAGAUACAGAAACUCGAAGCCAUUUGAAACCUUUACAAGCCAAUUUUUUUCUCAUGGCCAAAAGAAAAAAGAGCAGUAUAACUUGCAGGGAUCCGUCCUGGGGCCCCAGAAAUGGUCCCGUGAAGGAAAAGGAAUCUGGAGACCCACCAGAGUCCUUGGACCCAUCUGGAGUUGCUCUGCAGGACAGAGAAAGGAUGGAGACACAACCUUUUGCCAAGGAGGGAAGCAGAAAAGGCCCUUCAGCUGCUCAGCCUGGGAACAGGGGGAAGCUCUGGACAAGGACUGGGCAGAAGAUCCUGGAGGAGGAAACCAUCCUCCCUUCAGAAGUUCAGCCCUGGAACUCCAUACAAUACCAGGAGGCUGAGGGUCCUCGCGGACUUUGCAGCCGACUCCAUGACAUUUGCAGACGAUGGCUGAGACCAGAGAAACACACCAAAGCCCAGAUGCUGGACCUGGUGGUUCUGGAGCAGCUCCUGUUCCUUCUGCCCCCAGAGAUGGAGGGCUGGGUGCGGGAGUGUGGAGCAGAGACCAGCUCCCAGGUGGUGGCUCUAGCGGAAGGCUUCCUCCUGAGCCAGGCAGAGGAGGAGAAAGAGCUGAUCCAGUUUCCGUGCUGCACUGUGGAGAUCAAAGAUCCUGAGGGAAGGAAGAGCCCAUCAAAUCCCCCCCAGGAGCGAUUUUUCAUGAGUACCCCUUCGGAAGAUCAAAGUCAGGACACCUCAGGAGAGAAACAAAGAAUGACGCUUUCUGGUUUUUAUGACAGAGCUCAAACAGCGGUUGAACCUCCAAAUCAAGAGAGUCUUGUAUCCUUCGAAGAAGUGGCUGUGUAUUUCUCUGAGGGGGAGUGGUCUCAGCUGGAUCCUGACAAGAAAGUGCUGCAUUUGGAAGUCAUGCUUGAAAACCAUAGGAACGUGGUCUCUCUGGGUAAUAAUGGGCAGGAGAAUCAAGAUUCUUGUGAACUGUUCCAAGUGAUCAGUGCUAAAGAUAGAAUGGGGGAGUUUGAAAUUCAAAAGAAAUUUGAACGCCAUGAGAGAAACCAGUCAAAGAAUUGGAAUCAGGAAAGCUCAUGUUCCACUGAUGCGCCGAUGCAAGAUUUUCUUGCCCAACAAGAGAAAAUAAGGAAAAAAUAUACUGGGAAAAGUAUGAAGCUAAUCAAAGUUAAAGUACAUGAUCUCUAUUUCCAAAACAAAGGAGAGGAUGCUAUAAGAAGACACAAUAGACAAAAUUACAAUGGGCCAUUCAUCCAUUCUUUUGGAAAUAAGUUCCUUACAUCUCAAAAAAUGAUUGACACAAAAGAGAAGUUUUAUAAAUGUUUGGAAUGUGAAAAAUGUUUUAGAACAAGCAGUCAACUUAGUAUCCAUAAAAGGAUCCACACAGGGGAGAAACCAUAUAAAUGCAUAGAGUGUGGAAAGACCUUUGCUCAAAGAAAUCAUCUUAUUUCCCAUAAGUUGAUCCACACAGGGGAGAAGCCGUAUAAAUGCAUGGAGUGUGGAAAUACGUUUACUCAGGUCAGUGGGCUUAGAAGACACAAAAAGCUCCACACAGGAGAGAAACCGUUUAAAUGCAUUGAGUGUGGAAAGACGUUUACUCAGAGCAGUGGACUUAGAAGCCACAAAAAGCUCCACACAGGAGAGAAACCGUUUAAAUGCAUUGAGUGUGGAAAGACGUUUACUCAGAGCAGUGGACUUAGAAGCCAAAAAANCUACAAAUGCAUGGAGUGUGGAAAGACCUUUGCUCAUAACAAUACACUUACUAUCCAUAAAAGGAUCCACACAGGGGAGAAACCAUAUAAAUGCAUGGAGUGUGGAAAGACCUUUGCUCAUAACAAUACACUUACUAUCCAUAAAAGGAUCCACACAGGGGAGAAACCAUAUAAAUGCAUAGAGUGUGGAAAGACCUUUGCUCAUAGCAGUACACUUACUUCCCAUAAGAUGAUCCACACAGGGGAGAAACCCUAUAAAUGCAUGGAGUGUGGAAAAAUCUUUGCUCAAAGAGGUCAUCUUAUUUUCCAUAAGAUGAUCCACACAGGGGAGAAGCCGUAUAAAUGCAUGGAGUGUGGAAAGACGUUUCCUCAUGGCAGUGGACUUAGAAGCCACAAAAAGCUCCACACAGGAGAGAAACCAUAUAAAUGCAUGCAAUGUGGAAAGACCUUUGCUCUGAGCAGUAGACUUAAUAUCCACCAAAGGAUCCACACGGGGGAAAAGCCAUUUAAAUGUAUGGAGUGUGGAAAAACCUUUGCUCAAAGAGGUAAUCUUAUUUCCCAUGAGAUGAUCCACACAGGGAAAAAGCCCUAUAAAUGCAUAGAGUGUGGAAAGGCAUUUACUCAUGGCAAUGGACUUAGAAGCCACAAAAAGAUCCACUCAGAAGAGAAACCCUAUAAAUGCAUGGAAUGUGGAAAGACCUUUGCUCGAAGGAGUAAUCUUAUUUCUCAUGAGAUGAUCCACACAGGGGAGAAGCCCUAUAAAUGCAUGGAGUGUGGAAAGACGUUUACUCAUGGCAAUGGACUUAGAAGCCACAAAAAGAUCCAUUCAGGAGAGAAACCAUAUAAAUGCAUGGAGUGUGGAAAGACCUUUGCUUAUAAUAGUGGGUUUAGAAUUCACAAAAAGCUCCACACAGAAGAGAAACCAUUUAAAUGUAUGGAAUGUGGAAAGACCUUUGCUCAAAGUGGUACUCUUAUUUCUCAUAAGAUGAUCCACACAGGGGAGAAGCCCUAUAAAUGCAUGGAGUGUGGAAAGAUGUUUACUCAUGGCAGUGGACUAAGAAGACACCAAAAGCUCCACACAGGAGAGAAACCAUAUAAAUGCAUGGAAUGUGGAAAGACCUUUGCUCAAAGAAGUAAUCUUAUUUCCCAUGAGAUGAUCCACACAGGGGAGAAGCCAUAUAAAUGUAUGGAAUGUGGAAAGAUCUUUGCUCAAAAACGGCUAACUAUCCACAAAAAGCUCCACACAGGAGAGAAACCAUAUAAAUGCAUGGAAUGUGGAAAGACCUUUGCUCUGAGCAGUAGACUUACUAGCCACAAAAAGAUCCACACUGGGGAAAAGCCACAUAAAUGCAUGGAGUGUGGAAAGAGCUUUGCUAAAAGAGGAAAUCUUAUUUCCCAUGAGAUGAUCCACACAGGAGAGAAACCACAUAAAUGCAUUGAGUGUGGAAAGACCUUUGCUCAACGAAGUUACCUUGCUUCCCAUAAAAAGAUCCAUGCAAGAGACAUGCCGUAUAAAUGCAUGGAGUGUGGAAAGACCUUUCCUCUGAGCAAUAGACUUACUAUCCACCAAAAGAUCCACACAGGGGAAAAGCCAUUUAAAUGCAUGGAAUGUGGAAAGACCUUUGCUCGAAGAGAUCAUCUUAUUUCCCAUAAGAUGGUCCACACAGGGGAGAAACCGUAUAAAUGCAUGCAGUGUGGGAAAACCUUUACUCAUAGCAGAGGGCUUAUUAUCCACAAAAAGCUCCAUACAGGAGAGAAACCAUAUAAAUGCAUGGAGUGUGGAAAGACUUUUGUCCUGAGCCAUAGACUUGCUAUUCACAAAAAGACCCACACAGGAGAAAAGCCGUAUAAAUGCAUGGAGUGUGGAAAGACCUUUGCUCUGAACGUUAGACUUACUAUCCACAAAAAGAUCCACACAGGGGAGAAGCCAUAUAAAUGCAUGGAAUGUGGAAAGACCUUUGCUCAAAGAGGUCAUCUUACUUCCCAUAAGAUGACGCACACAGGGGAGAAGCCGUAUGAAUGUAUGCAGUGUGGAAAGAAAUUUGCUCAACGCAGUUAUCUUGCUUCCCAUAAAAGAACCCACACAGUGGAGAAACCAUAUAAAUGCAUGGAAUGUGGAAAGACCUUUGCGCAACGCAGUUAUCUUGUUUCCCAUAAAAGAAUCCACACAGUGGAGAAGCCAUAUAAGUGCAUGGAAUGUGGAAAGAGCUUUGCUUGGAAUCAUAGUCUGUCUUCUCAUAAAAGGAUCCACACAGAAGAGAAACCUUAUAAAUGUUUAGAAUGCGGAAAGAGCUUCAGAAGAAGCAGUCAAGUUACUUCCCAUAAAUGGAUUCACACAGGAAAGAAGCCAUAUACAUGCACUGAGUGUGGAAAAACCUUUACUCAGAAGGGCAAUCUUAAUUCGCAUAAGAGGAUCCAUACAGGGGAGAAACCGUAUAAAUGCAUGGACUGUGGAAAGGGCUUCUGUGAAAAUGCAUCACUUAUAAAACAUAAAAGAAUCCACACAGGGGAGAGGCCGUAUAUAUGCAAAGAGUGUGGAAAGACCUUUACUCACAGCAAUCAGCUUACUUGCCAUAAAAGGAUCCACACAGGGGAGAGGCCAUAUAAAUGUGAGCAGUGUGGAAAGGGCUUUACUAACAGCAGUCAUCUCACUUCCCAUAAAAGGAUUCACACAGGAGAGAGGCCGUAUAAAUGCCAAGAAUGUGGAAAGACAUUUUGCGAAAACGGUCCUCUUACUGUACAUAAAAGGAUCCACACAGGGGAGAAACCAUAUAAAUGCACGGAAUGUGGAAAGAGUUUUGGUGAAAAUUCAUCCCUUAUGAAACAUAAAAGGAUCCAUACAGGGGAGAAGCCAUAUAAAUGUAGAGAGUGUGGAAAGACCUUUACUCAUAGCAGUCAACUUAGUUCCCAUAACUGGAUCCACACAGGGGAAAAGCCGUAUAAAUGUGUAGAAUGUGGGAAGGGCUUUACUAAUAGCAGUCAUCUUAAUUCACAUAAAAGAAUCCACACGGGGGAAAAGCCAUACAAAUGUUUGGAGUGUGGAAAGAGCUUCACUCAUAAUGGUUCUCUUACAUCUCAUAAAAGAAUUCAUACAGAAGAGAAACCAUAUAAAACUGAGGAACUUGGAAAGAGCUUCAGGAAUAAUGGCCUGAUUUUGCCAUAAACAGAUAAAUUUGGUGGACAAUACAUGGAAAUCACAAACCAUUAGUUAAAACUAUGUCUUUCUUUUUUGUAUAUACUGACUUAGGAAAGGAGUCAGACCUUAUAUGUCAUCUCUAGAGAGAUGAAAUUACCAAUGAAAACAAAAACAACAGGCACUUGCUUAGAAACAGCCUAUUUUUGAAGAUACUCUAAUUUGAAGAUGGCCAAUGCUACUAUAUCAUAAUAAUGAACAUCUUUUUCUAAAGUGUAUUUUCAUCAGUUUUUAAUUGAUCUUGAUUCUGUGAGGGAUGUGAACAGGAAGAUAUUUAACAGUUGCUGCUUCCCCAGGCAGGAGAAGGUGUAUCUCUUCAAGACAAACUUGUUCAUCUUUCCAUUAUAGCACAGAUGGGUAGAAAUUCACUCUAUCCACAGUCACUUGCCUAGUCUUACAAUUGUUUUCCUCUCCCUUUCUUGUUUCUUAAUAUACUCAUUUUAUCAGAUGGCUCUAAAUUCUUUUUCCACUGAAAAAAAAUAGAAAUAGCACAGCAGAUAUUCUGAGGUCUGAAGGAGUCCUAUAAUCAAAAGGGAACAUAAGUUCCACCAAUGUAUACAUAGAGAUUCGAUUGUUCAAUUGAUUGUGAUAUUGAAUUAAAAAUGAUAAGUAAGAGGACUUUUGCUUUAAAUUGCUUGUAGAUUUUCCUUCCUUCCUUCCUCUGUCCCAAAGUGAGGAUGUUCAGAAUGAGAAUGAAAAUAACUCCAUUGUGCUGAUAUUGCAAAUUAUCAACUAAAAGGACCUUUGGAAAUCAAUAAGGGCCAAAAUAAAAUAAUGUGAAAUUAAGAAAAACAAUUCAGGAAACUAUUUAAAUCCCUUCUGAUUAAGCAGACCACAAUCAGAAGGGAAACAGUCUCUGGGAUGUGAAGAGACCCAAGUCAAGCAGUAUCACUGAAGCAGAAGCAUCAAAACUUUUUUUUGUCAAAGGCCUUUGAUUAUGUGACAAUUGUCACAUACGUAUCACCAUAGAAUAUAUGAAAAGAGCUUCAGGAUGAAGACGACCUCCCUCAAAAGGAUCCAGAAUGAUGAGACCCUCCAAACAUAUGCAAAAAACCCCUUCCUUCAAGCAUUGGGGCCUUGUUUUGUCUUUUUAUGUUAUGCAACUUCUGAAGGCAAGCCACUCCACUGGUUAGGUGUUCUUACUGUUGGGAAAUUCCUUAGCUCUAAGUUGCUUCUCUCCUUGAUUAGUUUCCAUCCAUUGUUUCUUGUUUGGCCUUGGAAAAUAGGUUGAUUCCGGAGGUGGUAUGCUGCCAGUUGGCACCAGUUCCGGUGAACCGGCAGUGGCGGCAUGAGGCUUCGCUCACCCACCCACCCAGAUGUCAUCAAGGACCUUAUGCUUGUGUACGUGUGCUCCCACUACCGAACUGGUAGUGAAGAAAAUAGAAUACCAUUACUGGU